AGCAGGAGUGGUACUUACCAAGAUUAUAACGUCUCAUGUCCUCAAAGUCAUCGGGAUUUCCAGUCAAGGCUGUUAAAAAGACAAUUUCUUAUCGAUAAAAAUGUUUUGCAACUUUAUUGAUUACAAAGUAUGCACUCCAAGUAACAGGGAAAAAGGAUAUUGUGAAAAUACAGCUAACUUUUACUUUUCCUUUAAGAAAGUUAGUGACGAAUAAUUCAUAAAUUCAAUGAAAGGGAGAAUCAAGGAUUAGAAGACACAUACAACUUUUGAAAUGGAUUAUAACCAUACAAAUGGAACUGGUGGUUGGUUUACGAACACCUCUUUUCAAAAUUUGACCAGGAAUGAUUCUGAAAGUGAAAUCUUCUUUCUUCAUCGGACUCCAUUUUUUAUUUCUUCUGGACCAGUGUUUGAUGAGGUUAGCCACAACUUUAUGACAUCUGUGUUGCUACCUUCCCUUGUGUACGUCAGUAUUCUGCUUCUUGUUGGUAUUCCAGGAAAUCUCAUGGUUGUUUAUGUGUACUCUUUACAAUGGCCAGGGUGUGCAAGCACAUCACGAGUGUUUAUUUUAGCAUUGGGAUGUUAUGAUUUACUCAAUUGUUUAUCAUCUUUAACGACAGAAAUUGUGCUUCUAUCUCGUUUCCUGGAUUUUGACUUUCCAGUUUGGUGUAAACUAUCAAGAUUUGUGACAGCUUCUAUUAACAGUGGCUCCACAUUUAUUCUCGUUGCCAUCGCAACGGACCGCUUCCUUAGGAUCUGUAGGAUACACAAGGACCCGAUCUCAGUGGAUCUGGCCAGGAACCUCGUUAUCAUUUCUAUAUUCUUUGCUGCCAUGACGUCAUGGCCUGCGCUGCUACUUUAUGGCACGUUUACGGUGACAUUUCCACUGAAACAAUUCAUAUAUAUUAGAGGAAAAACUUGUUUAAUAUCAGACAGUAUGACAGAAACGAUAUAUCCUUUAAUAUUUGUAAUAUUUUUGCUCUCUUCUCAUUUUAUGGUCGAUUUAGUUCUCAUUAUCCUAUAUUCUUUCGUUGGACAAGCAGUUUUCCGCCAACAAAAGUUCCAAAAGUCUGUAAAAACAAAAUCUGUUGCAGGCAAGGUUCCCAAAGCCGAAAAUGAAAACAAGGUAGAGGCAUGGCAGACUAGCUUUACAGCAGACGACUUAGAGAAAAACCCACAACCGCUGAAGCAAUCAAGAGCAAGAACAUCAAAUAGAAUCUCCUUUGUGUUUUGGAAAAAAUUAUCCCUGAAUUCUAAAAAAGCGAAAUUGAACAAUAAACUUUCAAGUCCAGACAAGGAAUUAAUGAAAGAACUUAAGGACUCGUUAAAAACUCGCUCGUCGACAGAUUCAAACGCUCCCAAGUCCAAAAGGAAGAUUCAUGCGGGAAAGACCACGUUAAUGCUAUUCCUGGUCACCUUACUGUUUAUUUUAUCGUUCUUACCUUACUCCAUAGUCGUUAUUCUACGAUACACGGAUCCAGAAUUCUACACCCGUUUGACCGCUGUGGGUAAAGGAGUGUAUAAUGUCGUACUUCGUUCAUACUUUCUGAAUUCUGUUGUGAAUCCCGUUGUGUACUGCUUCAUCAGUAAACAGUUCCGAAAACGAAGCAAAGACGCUCUCCGUUCUCUUCUGUGCUGUGAACGCUAUCAGUAGUCAUCAAUGAUACGUGUGCGUCAAUUAUUGUAACGUGACAAACAUAUUGAGGUUAAACUGAUACCUGAAUUUCAAGUUAAAAACCCAACCUAUUUAUUGACGCCAUACGCGUUAAAGAUUUUUAAGUCAGGGAUUUUAUUCAUUCGACAAGGUAUCGAGAGAUUGAAAUGAUCUUGAAAAUACUUUUUAUUUUAGUGCUAAUUCAUAAAGAUAUAACGAUGAUAAUGGAUAACAUAAAGGGGUGCAAUGCAUCGAUUGUCCUGAUGUCGACUAAAGAAAAUACACCACUUUCAAGAAUUCAUAAUACAUGUACAUGUACAUCAUAUUGAUGACUUACAAAACCUCCUAUAUUAAGGUGAAUAGUUAUGCACGAAUCUAGAUAAUGAAUAGCAUUGCUUUAAAGAUACAUUAUACUAUUUUGUAUUUUUAAGAAGAUUUUUGUGAUUGAA